GGUCCCCAGAGUUGGCAUGAAUUAUUUCCUGCAGCCUGCGCUGGUGUAGCUCAAUCACCAAUCGAUAUUAGACCAGAAAGAACUAUCUACAAUCCUGAUUUAAAAGAUUUUGCUCUAUGGUAUGAUCCACCUAAACCAGGAUCACGAAUGAAAAUCAAAAAUAAUGGUCACGCCAUUCAAGUUAACACUGAAGGUGAAUUCUACUUUACUAAUGGUGGAUUACAGCAUGUAUAUAAAGUAGAACAAUUUCACUUUCAUUGGGGUAGUGAAGAUCAUAUGGGUUCUGAACAUUUACUGGACUCUAUAGCUUAUCCUAUUGAGAUGCAUAUUGUGAGUUAUAACAGUGAUCUGUAUGGAGAUAUUGGUGAAGCUGUAACAGAGAAAGGUGGUCUAGCUGUAUUAGGUGUUCUAUUUGAAGUUCAAGAACAACCUAAUCCAGUCUAUGAUCCUAUUAUUCAAGCACUACAACAUGUUAAAGAUCCAGAAAUGGAUAAAGAAGAAGAAAUAGAAGCUGUCUCAUUAAGAAAUUUAUUACCAGAAGAUAUGUCUAAAUAUUAUCGUUAUAAUGGUUCACUAACUACACCAGGUUGUUUUGAAACAGUAACAUGGACAGUAUUUCAUCAAAAACAAAAAAUAUCUUUCGGACAGGAAUAUUCUGAAAGAUUGAAUGGAUCACCAGCACCAAUAGAUGCUAUUAAUGAAGAUAUUCCAGAAUGGAUUCAGGAUCCCUUGGUUGAUAACUUCCGCCCUGUGCAGCCAUUAAAUAACCGUGUUGUGUAUCGUAGUUUCAAACUAAAAGACAUUUAUGCUCCACAACUAACAUAUAAUAUUCAACCCAACUCACAACCUGAACCUGAGCCUAAAAAAACAGGCAAAGUAGCUACAGUCUACUCCAAACAAGAUAACAAUUCAGCCAAUUCUGUCCACAUUUCAUUUCUGUCUUGUCUUAUUGUGUUCAUUAUUUCCCUUUUAUAA